GAAUUCUAGAACAGUUCCUUUUUGUUGUCUUGCAUGUGGAUCAAUAAAGUUUGUUGACGUUUUAAUGAAUUUUGCUAUGCUGUACCUCUCCUGUACAGUAAGUGGCAGUGCGCGCGCCAGCUCUAACUGCAGAAGAAAACGGCUUCCAUCUCGUUACCAUCGCAACCCUCAACAGCUGCUAACGUGCUAACGCCGAGCGCCCUUUUCUAUGAUAUAAAUUACGAUUUUAUACCUUUUAAACUUUACACACAGCGGGGGAAUUGUUCUUUUUGGUGUUUAAAGUUCACGGCAUGGCGGACUCGUGGAACACAGACACGGGAGAAGCUAUUUACCGGACCCGAGAUGUGAUUAAAAACUUGCAGAUCAGGGUGCGCAUCGAGCGGCUCACGUCCACGGCCUUUCUGUCCCAGCACCUCCAGCAGCAGGUCCUGUUACAGCAGCAAGACUCCAAGAAGAAGAAGAAGAAGAAGAAGAGUGGGGACGUGGAGCUGGAGACCUUUGCCACUCCAGGACAAAAAGGUGACAGUGAAGAAGAGCUGGUGGUUGGCUGGCAAGAAAAACUCUUCAGUCAGUACGAAUACGAGCUCUUCCAAAACGAGAGCGCCUGCCAGAGCCAUUUGGAGCGGCAGUAUCACUCUGAGAUCAAAGCUCUGAUCCGGGGCAAAGGGCGACGCAACAUCCGAAUCUUCACCUACACCGACCACGAUCGAUACACCAACCUGCUCCCCUUCAGCCAGCUGCAAUGCACAGAAGAUGCUCUGACGACGAGUAAGUCUGGCCCCACCUUCCUGGCCGAGAGAAUGGCUAACGUGAGGCACAGGAAACAAGAGAAAUACACAAUAGAUAUGGGUGUUCCCAAAUCCAAAAUCAUAAACUGGGAGCCGUCAGAGGAGUUCAUCAGGAACAGUCACGUGCUCAACUCUGCCAUGCAGACCAUGCACAUCAUGGCAGACCUGGGGCCUCCAGGAAGGCUGGGUGAAAAACAGAAUGAGUGUUUGCUGCUGACCAUAAAGACAGACGGUAGUGGAACAGUCAUAGUGAAACCAGACUUCAACAAAGGAAAAGAGCCGUACAGGAUUGUAACUGAUGGGGACAAGAAGGAGGUGUGGUGUCUUCGAGUGGACAAUGUCUCUGAGGCCAUGGUGAAGGAGGACCAGGACAAAGAGCUCCACAUGUACAAAGAUCUCUACGUUCGGCACAAAGAGUACCUGAACAGUCUUGUUGGAUCAGAGUUUGAAAUGCCUCCUCCAGGGACUUUGCGAUAUGUGAUGAAUGGAGAGAUUGUGUCAGCCAAGGGAUUUGAAUAUGAUAAUUUAUACAUCCACUUCUUCAUGGAACUACCAAAGAAUUGGUCCAGUUUACCUUCACAUCCACUUUAUUUGGUAACACAAACAUGUCGCACCAAAACUGUGGGGAAAGAUGCUGUAGCUUAUUUCAGCUUCCCCUUUAACUUUGAGGCCUUCUAUAUGAGUGAAAAGGAGGAUGAAGGUAUACCACAGUGGCCCGUCUUGUACUUUAAAGUUCUGUCAUGGGAUUUUUGGGAUCGCCAUCGAACAGAGGGGUAUGGAUAUCUGCUCUUUCCAGCUGUACCUGGUAAACACAGAGUCAUAUGCCAUACAUGGAGGCCUCUUCAGACGGGCACAGCCUCGGCUCUCAGGCGAUUCUUCAUUGGCGGCUCUCCAGAACUAGAAGACCCCAGCUACGUCAGGACACCGAGCACUUUUAAGGGAGAGAGACUGAGCCGAUUGGGCUUCAGCACAGAGUCCUCUGGAAGUGUCACUUUCAAUCUAUACUGCAUUCAGCAAUCUCAUGCAUUCAUUGAUGCCAGUGUGCUGAAGAAGAGAAGACAGAAAGUUACGGAGCAGCUGGGAGGGUUUAGUCAACAGGGCGCUGUGUGCAACAUUCUAGAGGCCUUUCAGAGAGCCAGGAAAAAGAUGCAGGAAGCCAGAGCAGGUCUUCCCCAAGAUCUAAUAAAUGCUACGGCACAACUCCAAAUAGAAUCGACGGCAGGAGAAUAGCUUUUUAUUUUUUCAUUGCUACAUAUUAAUUGUCAGUGAGAAAUAAUCUGUAAAGAGACAAAUGCGUUCCAGCCUGUGAUGGAACAUUUUUAAUGAAAACUUUAUUUUAAUUUUUACUUUUUUUAUUUAGUUGACUCGUAUUUCAUGAAAAAUAGUGUUCGUUUUUACUAUGUUUGGAAAAUGUUCAGUGAAUGUACGUAAUUUAUUAAUAUUUUGAAAAUGUUUGUUUAUGAUUUAUUAUUUAUUGUCAUUGUUAUCGAUUGAGAAAUUUGAUUAUAAAUUAAGGUUAAUCAAAUUAUUUUGUAAAUAAAAUUUGUACUUCACUUUUACUUUA